AUGGGCCCAGCUAAGGAUCCCCUGGGUCAAUCUGCUCCAUCGGCCUCAAGAUCUCUGCCCUUUCGGAACGGUUCCAAAGCCGGGUCGACUAACCUUCGAACUCUUUAUCGCAUCUCGGCCCAAGAAGUUGGUGACCAUCGACCGGAAGAACACUCUUAUCACUCCGUGUCUACGGUCUUACCUACUUCGCCAAAUCUCCCUCCUACACCACCCAGGGCGAACAGUGAGACCAGGCCGCCUGCUCCGGAGGAAGUCACCCAGUCUUCGGACACCGCAGUGUUUAGAUCGAGCUUGGUGACGCCGAUAAACCAGAACAGUCCGCCGACCCCUGAUAACACUCCUCCCCGUGAGCGAUAUGGGACACUCCGGCGCCCGUUUUUGGGUCCCCAGCCCUCAAUCGCUUCCACACAUACAGAAUCCUUCAAGACCGCCCAUGAGGACUUCACGUCAGAGGGUGAAUCUGAGCGCUAUACCCCGCGCCAGGACAAUGGGUUCAAAUGGCCGUUGAGUUCCGUUGAUAAGUUUGGGGUUGCUGCCCAUCGCCUGCGACAGAGCGCUCUGCCUAGAUCACCAUUGAUAGAGCUCUACGGAGAAGGUCCUGUCGUUAAUCAAUCCCCGGAGCCUUUCGAUCAAUUCCAGGUAAUUCAGAGCGAGACCCACGAGGCAUUUGGGGGAGUUCCUCAGCAUCAGACCACGGUAUCGAGCGGCGACGUAAAGCCAAACGGAGAGGAGAUUGGGAUACAUCUCGACCCUCUUCAAGUCUCUUUGUCUAAAAGUGUGGAGUCACCUCAUUCUGUGCGCCAUGGUAUUGGUCAGCAUAACUUGAAGCGGGACAAGAGCCUGCGAGAAAGGCUUCUGGAAGCGCAGAGCCAAGAUCCAUCGGCGUCAACAGAGAAAUUUGCAAAUAUCAUCGGUUGGAACAAUUCUGUGCCAACCGAGGAUGAGUCAAUCGAGGACCAACAAGCGGAUAUGGAAGAUAAUCGACGUUUCUCUGGCAUAUCCACCACUUCGACCGUUGAAGCAUAUGUCGUUGAACAGAACUCUUUGCCUCGACGGAAAACGACGUUGCGCCAUGUCAGCAAGCAUGAAUCUCUGCGUUCAGUGAGCUCACCCUUGCCGACCUCGAACAGGAACUCCACGAAUUCCGCUCCAGGCUCCCCCCAUCGUCUCGUUCAUAAGAAGGCAAGGUUGAGCAAUCAACAUCGUUGGAGUUUCGGCUCGGAGGUUUCGAGGUCGUACAGCCUGGCCUUAAGCGCUGUCCUUCCAAAAACUGAAGUGAUUCGGGUAGCGGUUAUUCCAGAGAGGAGCUCCUCCUUGAGCUCCACGGCGAACACUAGCCAGAGGCAGUCGCUGUCGAACAGUUCUGGACGUUCUCACUCUCGCAAAGCUUCCGAGAACCCACCCUCGUCGUGGCAACAUAAAAGGGCGUUUUCCGAGUCUGCGAAUCGCGGCAGAGAGCAAUACCAGGCGCCUCUAAUACCUCCUCGGAGCUCCUCACUCUCGGCGCCUACAUCCAGAACGACGUCCCGCGCCAAUUCCAUCACAUCUGAGCAUGUGCAUGUACGCAGACAACAAGCCGAGAAAGACUUGCGCAAGACCUUGGAUAGGAUGGAGACGGAACGACUUGUCCACAGUCUGAGAGAUUGGGGUUCUGUAGAUGGGAUACAAUACUCGGACCGAGCGGCCGGAUAUCAAAUAUUUCGCAGGUCUUCGGGCCCUGCUAACCCUCAAGUCUCCAUGCUUCCAGGGGGUCUCGGCGUUCCUGCAAAUGAAGGUGAAGUAGUAUCAAAUCCGCUGGGACUAGUAAUGCCUGGAACAAAGGAAUGGGCAGCUCUCCGACCACCGUCCAUUUUUGAUACGCCCUUCUCACAGCCCUCUUUUCAAUCUGGCUCUCCUGAGAUCAACGAAGCACGGGCGAUCAACUACUUCCCCCACAACAAUCAUUCCGUGCAGCUGAUUGAGCCAUUUCCUGUUGCGGAGUCGAAAGCGGUCCAGGAGGUACAAAAGCAGCACCUGCCAGAAAUCGAAGUCGAUUCACCCUUGCGCAACCCUCGACACCCACCUGAGCCGCCGCAAUUCAAGCUGACUCCACCCACACCUGGCGAGGAGGAAGUAAAGAAUCAACAGGGGAUUGACCGGACCGACUCUGUUACGCGACCGGGCGGGUCUCGGCCACGUUCAGAAUCGUUGAUGAGCUCCAUUUCUCGAAACUUGAGCCUCAAGAACGCCCGUAAUCGUAAGGCUGAUCAGGAUCUUGACGGCAGUUUGCAUCCAUUCUGGCGGCCUCGUGCAUUCUGGGACGACAUCGAUAAUCCUCGUCCUGUAUCGCAGCCUCAAGAACGGUCUCUGGAUCGAGGAAUUGUGAACAAUUCCCUGGGUUUGCCGCAGGAGAGGACGAUUAUAACGGGCCCAGUGUCCCUGGUCAGAAGGAUAUCGGAACGGCGCAGGCAGAAGAGAGGUAUCGUCAAACGACCCAGCCAUUCGAGUCUGGCCAAAUUUCGGGCCAGUCGCAAACUACACAAGUUGUCAGGCAGUGGGCUGCGGUUCCCCCUUCCCCUUAUUGGCAUCAAGAGUAUUCAAGAAAAGAUCAUGCAUGCCAAACAGCGGAAAGAGGAUGAGAGAAGAGAACGAAGAAGGGCCGAUCUUCGACGCAGCAUUGGAGCCAACGUCAUUUCGCAAGGAGAUUCGAGAUUUCCGGCCAGCAACACUAGCCUUUCACGGGACAUCUGA